AUUAUAUUGGAGGCUAGAUUUCCAGCUGGUUGGCAGAUACCGAUGACGCUAUGCUCCAUGGCGGCGGUUACGGCGAGCUCUGUCUGGCAUCCGCAUGUGCUACAUUCAGGUUCUUCUGCAAGAGGCAGUAGUAUCACGUGCAAUUUGAGCAAUGAGCUUGUAGCCACCUUUGGGCUUCGACACUAUGAAAGGAGCAAUGCAGUUAAUGCCAGAAAAGAGAAACAGGUUGGAAAGCUCAGUGGCAUUGACUUUCUACCAUUGAAACGAGGUUACAACAGCAACGUUAAGCGUGUUCGUCAGGGGUCGGGGUUUUGUGCCGCUGGGGCUGGUGGACCAAGUUCGAACACAGCAGAAUCAGAUACAAAAGCAUUGGAGGCCAUUAGAGACGGAGCUAGUGCCCUUGCCGCUUUGGACGCGGGGUUUCUCAAGACCUUGCCACAAGAUCUACAAGCAGACGCGAAAUACUCAGGAUUCCAAUUAGCCAACGGUCCCCUUGACAGGGAGGUAGGAGACGCCGCAGCGCAGGUCCUGGGCAACCUGGGUCGUGCCUUUGAGGCCCUCGACGUGAAAGCCGCCGCUGCUGCGGCUGGGAAGCUUGAGGGCGCCGCCCGCGCGUUGCCUGCUGGCAGCAGCCAGCGAGCAAGGCUAGGACAGCGCCUCACGGCUUUUGCUGGGCCCCUCAGAAGCGGAGACAAACAGGAGCUCAAAAAGGUUGCCAACGCGUUGUCAACGGCGGGCCAGCUACUGGCUGCGGGCGCUGAGCAGAAGCCUGUCCCCGAUGCUCCCCAGGAAACGCAGUCUACGGGAGCGUUGCAAGGCGUGUCGCCCGUGUUUGUGGGCCUAGGAGUCGCAGCCGCCCUCCUGACUUUGCGAACUCCCGGUCCAACAGAGGGUCGUCUUUGCGCAGCUGGCCACGAGAUCCUAGUGCUGACGCCCGGAGUUUGUGUCAAACGGUUCAAGUUCGGCCCACAGACGGGUUUACAAGAAGAGUUGAUAAGGCACAACAGACGUUCGCCGUUUGCGCACUGGUGA